CCAUAUCCCCACACAUAUGAUCUGUGCUGUCUCCUCAGGCAGGCCUCUCUCCGCUCUCUCUUCUCUUCCCCUCUCCUCCCCGGCUCCCCCUUCCUUGCUCGCCUAAGCUAACUCAGACGGCGAGCACGCUUCCGCGAAGCCCGGCCGCGCAGCUCUGAUUGCUAGCUGAUUGAUUGGUCAAUCACUCCGCCUCGACUCGAUCCAUAUACCUACACUGCUGCAGAUACUCUCUUCUCUCGUCGGCUCGCCGGUUGUUCAUCGGAGCUUACCGGCCGGCCGUCGGCGGCUCGGCGCCAUCGUCGUUGACGGUGUUUUCCAAGGGCGGCGGUGUAGGAGGAAACAAGCUAAGGAAGCCGCGUGACGCGGUGCGCUCCGUCGGCGAAGCGAAAGCUGCGUCUGCCAUCAACCAUCGAUAGAGAAGUGCACAGUUAUAGCAUCGUCCCAGAAUCCCUGCGCCAGUCAUUUAAUUAACCGAUCGAUCGGCGGCGGCGGCGAUGGACGCUACCUUUGGCUGGGCCGGCGCCGGCCACCAUGUCGACGACUACUUCUCGCGCCAGGUUGGAUGCGGCCGGUUCGAGGUGGACGAGGCCUUCCUCGGAGACUGUUUUGGGCAGCUCCAGUGCGACGGGGUCCUUGCCGCCGCCGCCGCCGGCGGUGGGGACACCGGAGCGUGCCACGCGACCUCGAAUUGCGGCGCCUUCGAAGGCAGCGCGGGUAUGGACAGUGACCCGCUCGCGUUCUUGGGCGCGGGGACGGGGGACGUCUUCGAUGCCGGUCUCCUCGACGCGGCGCUCGCGUUCACCAGGAGCUCGGCGAGGGCUGCGCCGACGCGGGGCCGUGUCGAACGGCGCCAUGCUCUCAGCUACAGCGGCACCACCGGCGGCAACAUCUCCUCUGGGGAGUCGAACAACUACAGCGGCGGCCACGAAGCCGAGGUGGUGUCGCCGACGUCCACCAUGUCGCCCACCACGGCGCCGCGGCCGUUCACCCACGCGUCGUCGUCCCAGCAGCAGGCGCUCCACGCCAAGCGGAAGGUGACCGACGAGUACCCCGCCACCAUCGCGACGACCGCACCGCCGCCGGCGCCGUUCCCGCGCCCAGGCGGCGGCGCUAAUAAGCGGCGCGCGGCGACGAGCAUCAGCUUCGGCCACGGCGCCCAGCACAGCGCGCGCGACGCCGCCGCCUCCGCCGGGUACGAGCCGGACAUGGAGGCGAUGGCGCAGGUGAAGGAGAUGAUCUACCGCGCGGCCGCCAUGCGGCCCGUCAACCUGGGCCCCGAGAUCUCCGCCGCGGCGGCGGCCACGGAGAAGCCCCGGCGCAAGAACGUGCGCAUCUCGAGCGACCCGCAGACGGUGGCGGCGCGGCUGCGGCGGGAGCGCGUGAGCGAGCGCCUCCGCGUGCUACAGAAGCUGGUCCCCGGCGGCAGCAAGAUGGACACGGCGUCGAUGCUGGACGAGGCGGCCAGCUACCUCAAGUUCCUCAAGUCCCAGGUCCAGGCGCUAGAAACCCUAGGCACCACCAACACCAGCAGCACGAGCGCAUCAAGCAGGUCACAGCACUACAGCUAUUUCGGAAGCGGCAGCGGAAGCAACCCUGGCUUUCCUGGAUUUGGAAGGAGGAGCAGUAGCAUUUCUCCAUCUGGGUAUGUAAAUCCUAAUGGAUCGACGAAUACUAGCAGCAAUCUGUUGUAGCUGUGGUAACUGUUCUUGUAUGACACUGUGCCUGUGAGUGGAUUAUACAUGCAUGCAUGUUGCUGUUUCAUCGCACUGUUCGCUUGGCCGGUAAGGUCUUGUUGUUAAGUAGAUUACGACGUAUUUAGUCAUCAUCAUCAAUUCAUCAUCA